AUGUCUGAAAGCGGUGAACCAGUUUUAACACAUGACAUCGAUUGGCAAAUGCUCGAUAAAAAAAAAUAUGUUCCAUUAAAUCUUCUAUCAACAUUUAUCGUUCGCUCAUUUUUAUAUCCAUUUACACUUGUUCGUACUCGUUUACAAGUUCAAAUUCAAUCAACAAUAUAUAAAGGUACAUGGCAUGCAUUACAUACAACCGUUCGUUAUGAAGGUUUUCGAUCAUUAUACAAAGGUUUUCUUGUUUAUAAUUGUCAAUUAAUACCUGGUCUUAUUUAUAUAACAACAUUUGAAGCAACACGUGCUCGUGCUAAUAUUUUAACUAAAAAUGAAUAUUUACGUGCUGGUGUUGGUGGUACAAUUGCUUCAUUAUUUGCUCAAGUACUUGCAUGUCCUAUUGAUAUUGUUUCUCAACAUAUGCAAUUAGUUGGAUUAACAUCACCAGGAAGAGUAACUCGUUCUAAAGAUGGUAUGUCAGCUGUAUCGAAUACCGAAUUAUCUAAAACAUCAUCAACUCGUCGUCAACAACGUCAAAUUCAACGUAUACAUGUACCAAAUGAAAUUCGCGCUAAUAAUUAUUUAAUAUUUAAACAUAUAUGUAGAACAUUAUUAUAUGAAAAUAAUGUAGAUAAAAAUCAAAAACCACAAAUAACUUUAAGAGGUUUUUAUCGUGGUUAUAUGAUUUCAACAUUUUUAUUCAGUUUAACAAGUGCGAUUUGGUGGCCAUCAUAUUAUUUUUAUCAACGACAAAUGCUUAAAAUUGAAACAAUAUUUCCAAGUCUAUUUCCAUUACCAUUACUUGCUAUUCAAUGUAUUGCUGGUCCUUUAUCAUCACUUACAUCGACUAUUCUUACAAAUCCACUUGAUGUAUGUCGUACUCGUAUACAAGUUGAACAAGAACGAAGAAGAGUUGCACAAAUUAUGCGUGAAUUAUGGCAAGAAGAAGGUGCUGGUAUAUUUACAAAAGGUUUAACAGCUCGUCUAUCACAUUCAUGUGUUUAUUCAUUAUUUAUUAUAUUUGGUUAUGAAACAGUUAAACGAAUAUCAUUAAAAGAAGAAUAUAAAGGACAAGUGAGAUGGUGA